UAUUCAUAGAAUUACAUCCGGGAUAUUGACAUGGAGUCCACAGAACGGACGUCACGUUCGUCGUCUGUGCUCGAGCGAACUUCAAAAAUACCACAAGAUUAACUUGAAUUUUAGGAAAAACACGGUUUUUAGUUUGAUUCACACUCCGAGUGAUAAUUUUCUUUCAAGGUGAUGUGGCUGACUAAACUGUCCAGCCUCCGAAAGAUCCAAGCCCUAGCUCCUUACCCCACCAUUCAUGUCUUCAGAACAAGGGCCAAGAACGAAGUGGCUCUAACAACAAGCACAGAUCAUCAUCAUGGAGAAAAAGAACAAGCAUAGCGGGAGUAAGAAAUCCCGGCAGCAAACCCCCAGCCCCCAGUCCUUCGAUGUCCCUGCCCUACCAGAUGGAAUCGGCCUUCAGCCCCAUCUAGAUUCAAUCUUUGCAGAUGUUCAGGCCAAGUUGCCAUCGAUUGACUUUGAAGUGUCAGACGUCAGUUCAGAUGAGGAAAUUGCCAUUGUCAGCCGUUCAUUAAAGACUCCCACACUUCUAGAAGAUGAUCCACAUCAAGAUAUCGAAAUAUCCCCAGAAACCUGGCGCUCCAUUCUAGAACCCUCCAAUGAGGGCCCCUUCAGUCAGAAUGAUGUCUUCCACCAGUAUGCAAAUCAUUCCAACAGCCAAUCAAGCAGCAGGAAAACCUCAGCUAGCAGUGACAGUAGCGCUGCUGAGCUGCUCAUGUUGGAUCCGUCCAUUAUCCAAAUAGGGGAGGCACAUCCUUUGAGUUCCGUCGGCGUUAUGACUAACACAAAUGACAGGGGAAGCCCAAUGCAGUGUUGGGCAGAUCUAAAAAAUGCCCUUGGCAUUCAGGAAAAUGGCAUGGAAAGUUACUCUGACGAGAACUCAAGCUUUAACCGCUAUGGCACGUCAGGUACAAACGGUUCGAUGACCACCGGGACUGGGAGAGACAACAAAGUAGCAAGCAAUCCCGCUUCUGACACUAAAUCGACAUCUGACAAAGAGAGAGGUUCUCAGGACAGCAGGAUAUCUUCCCUGAUUCCAACAGCGGUUCCAACUCUGGCCUUGCAUAACGUAGAAAAUAUUGACCUGGACCAGUUGUUGGAUUCUUUUCCAGUUGGAGCUGAAAGAGGUCCGUGGGAGAACAAACAAGAGCAGCGACAUCCACAAUCGGGAGGCGGGGAUGGAGCACAAGCAGAAGGCAAUAGCCUGAGCCUGAUGGAGAAACUUGCUCAGCUGUGUGUCCAGCAAUCAGACGGAAAGCUCUCUCAAGGACAGCUCUUGACAUCUGACGCGUCUCAGGCCUCCAGGAUUACCGGAGACGGCCCUACAAGGGGACCCAGAACAGCAUGGGCUGAGGAGACAACAGAAGUAGCGAGACAGGACAGAAAGAAAAGGGAAAUCGGAACUAACACUGGGAUGGAUCAGCCCGCUUAUAAAGCACCGACUACAAGAACUGCUUCCAUUGGUGUAUCCACUCAACAUGGAGCUUUAGUGGAUCAUUCCAUUCGAAGCAGAGGGAUGAAUGCUGGCAGUGCCCCACCAAAGGGGCGAACGGAAACAGUGUUUCUAGAUCUAAGAACCUCGACGAAGGACAAUGAGGAGAAGAAAGAAGGUAAAGAACCAAUUCCAGAAUCUGUGAAGAGAAUUCUAAAACUGAACUCUCCAAGUGACAGCGAUUCUGACACCAUUGGAGACAGUGGGGAUGAAGAUGAUGAUAUAGAAGCAUGGAGACAGAAUCGCAAACGAGGACUGAAAGGGUCGCCAACUUCCAGCCAGUCCAAGAAGGGUGCAACCAAAGCAACACAACCACCGAGAGUGAUCAUGCCAAAAACAAGCACCGAGAAAGCAAAAGCCAAGGGACCAGAAGAACAUGUUCAGCAACAAAGAGCUUCCAAGUCACAAUCCACAGAAGUCUCAUCCAUGACCCUCCCUACCGCAGCCCAGAAGGCCAUCACAAAGAACCUUCCUUCAACUCCACCACCAUCUCCUACCAGCGUCGGCGUGGACAAGACCAAGGAGCAAGAGCGCCUUCUUCAUGAGGCGAUGGCCAAGAAGAUCCGAGAGCAGCGGGAGCAAGAGCGAGCAACGAGGUGUCGGUUGCAGAAGCGUCUGGAGACCUUACGACCAAGGACAUCUUCCUCUGGGAAGUACCCAGCUGCAAGGAUGACACCCAUUGUCUUUGAUCUUGAGGCAUCCUACACCACAUCACCAAAGUGCCUACCCCCUAUCCUCCGCGCAAACCAGGAGUGCGCCCUCCUGACUGUUCACUUUUCUACAAGUGGCGAGAUCAUACCCCAUCGUGGAACUGGCAGCAAAACCCUGAACGAGAAUCCGACCCUGAUUUCCAUCACGCAUCAAGUCUUACUUACCUGGCUGUUGUCCUUGGUUCCGCCCAGCUUUGAGUUCUUGGCGGAAGGGUUCAAAGAGACGGAUGAUCAGCUGGCUCUCAAGCCAAAAGAAUGCCCCUUCCGGGUAGUCGGGCUUCAGCAGGUUCACAUGGAGGGAGAGCUGGUGCUUCAUGUCGCCAUCACACCGACCGUCACCAGCGCCAGCAAGCAGAACAACCUGCUGAAACGCAAGACCAAGGGGCGCGGGAAGGAGGAGACUCGAGAUAGCACGGUGUUUCAGAACAACGUCGCCACAUUCCUGAAGAUAAACACCUUGAACACCGUCUGCCCUUGGAUAGAGAAGACCUUCUCCUACGCCAUCCAUCGCAAUGGCAAUCUGAUCGGUGCUCCUGAAGAACCAGUCAACUACGACGCGGUUCUUGAAGAUGGCUCAUAUGUCCCACCCCUUCCACUUGUCAGCUCAAGACCGCUCUCAACUUUCAUGACCCUCAACCCAGAUCGUGAUUCCAUGCAAAGGGUCUUCAACAACUUGUCCAACGAUGCCUCUUUCUUCUGGCAAACAGUGGAAUCCGAUGAGUUCAUGUCUGAGCAGACAUCCAAUGAAGAUUACGACAACUACACUGAUGUCCAGAACACUAUGACCUUAGUCUAUAAGUCAGUUUACCUCAACCCUACGCAUAUGAUAGGAAUCCUGUAUCGCAUCUUACAAGAAGGCCUUGACAUAUCAGGUCUGCGACUCCUCUACCAUUCAGAAGAGUUACUAAAAGCCUCGAGCAGUCCUCGAGAGAAGCGACCGAAGACUUCAGGAGGUAAUCAACUCCAGGAGGACUUGGAAGACAUCAACAAGGUUGGACCAAUUCUGGCGAUUGCUGUACGUGGAGCCAUGGCACGUACUAGAUGGCUUGAUGCUGUCGGUCCAACCGACCCUCAACUUGCUCGCCGAACAGACCCCCACUCCCUCAUCGCCCUGUUCGGCGGCAAGACUCGUGAGGAGGUCCCGAUCUACUGCCCGCGUAAUCCAAACCGUAUCAGCUACGAGCUGGCGCUCUGGUUCGGGGGACGAGUCCCGGAAAGCGGUGUCGUCGAUGUAGGUGUGACUUCCAUACCUGAACCACCUCCUGAGGUGGAGGCAUCUGGGAGUCAGAUCUUAAGCCUGAAGAGCAAGAAAGGCAAGAAGGGAUCGAGGACAGAUUUUGACGCUGGGAAUCUGGAGACGGAUGACUUGAUACCACUCAUCAGGAAACCGCCGUCCAUGCUGACAGCAACCACUCAAAGCGAUGUCAUCUUAAUAGUCUCACCCAUCGUCCCGCCCAUCUGCGUCGGCUCCAUGCUCUCUGCUUGUCAGAUUAGAGGUUACCAGCUCAGAGGGAUAAGGAGAUUACGACUGAACAACAAGAGAGUCGGUGUAUUGGGUUUAACCGGAGCUCAGGUCCGCGCCUUCAACCCAAUGUCGUGCACCACGCCCACUUCCCCCUCCCUGACCUACGAGCAAUCCCUGAAGGAGCAUCUUGAGGCGGGGUUCCCCACGGCGAGCGCCUCCCCGAUGCCGUCUUUGGCCAUUCUACUGCGGAUGGAGAAUGGGAUGCACCAUGCUGCGUGUCUGAUCGAAGCCAUGAUGAUACAUCUCUGUAUGAAUGGUAUGCUGACAACCAUUAAAGACAGUAGCCCGACCAGUACCCUGACUGCCAACCUCUGCUUCCACAUCGCCCCGUACACAGAGACCCUCCUUCAGCAUCUCGGCGGGGACCUGACUAAUCUGCCGUCCAGCAACGUCCACUCCAGCCUGGGUUGCCCGAGUGGUUUCUACACCAAUCCAGAGCUUGAACAGACUGUGGUGGUCACCUUCUCUGGGGUUAAAGCUCUGAAGACGGUCGGGAACUCGUUGAGUAAACUGCUUGGUCUUUACCCCAUUACGUCAUCCUACCAGUCACGUACCCCUUCAUCUUCCAUCGCCCAGGGCCUCGAGCUCCUUGGCCUAAAGUGGCUCGCCUCCUUGACCUCAUCCCAAGCUAAAGAGCUUACACCCUAUGAGGUUGGUGAUCGCUACUGGCAGCCCAGCGUCCAGGCUCUGACGUCAAACCCUGCUCUGGUGUGCAUCGUCAGAGGGCUGAAUGCGCCACAGCUUGUAGAAUCAAUUCUAGGUACGUCCCCGAUAACAGGUGCCCUACCCGGAAAGGGCAUUGCUAACCUAGAGAGGAUAAUGUCCACAUCAGCCGAGGCUGCUUUCCGCCAAGCCACGAUGUUCUUCAGGGACCAAGAGCUCUUCGCCGACCCGUCUAUGCGUGUCAACCUCCCUUACCUACCCCCGUUGAGAAGCCCCAGCUUGGAGGAGCUGUCGACAGCCAGAUUUGCUUGGGCGGACUCGGACUCUCCGAAGGGGAGGAAGGGACGAGGGAGGGGGGUAGCUAAGCAAGGGAAAGGGAUGCUGGUUGUUGAGGAGUCUAUAUAUAGGGCAAUGCUAGUCGGUCCAAGAUUAUUGACCACAGUAAUGGUCAUCAAACCGUUAGCCUUCCGUAAGCAUCUAUCUAAGAUACUAAAGAGAAUCGCUCAAGAGAACUUCACGGUCGUCGCUGCAAGGUUGACAACCAUCACGUCGGACAGAGCCAAGGAACUAGUACCAAAGGAUGACCAAAAGAAUGAGCUGCUGUCAACGAUGCACAUUGAGCACCUGACGUCUGGCCCAGUGUUACUCCUGUGUCUCCAGAGGGAGAACGCUGUCAGGAAGCUGCUGGACGUACUUGGACCUGCCAACCCCCAAGAUGCCAGGAAGCAGAGCCAGUUCCUAUGGAGAGGGAUGUACGGGGCAGAUCCCAUCAACAAUGGCAUACACGGAUCCGAGAGCUAUGCCGCAGCAGUCAGUGAGCAGAAACUUCUCUUCCUAGAUGGACUCUGUUGCAGAGAGACCUCGGACCUCCAAGCAGAUAAGAUUAAGUGCCAUGCAGUGGACUCGUUCAUGGGAUCCAGUCUAGCUAGAGGGCGCUGUUUCAUCACCAAGCCGUACCCUGUCCGGAUGGACUCAAAUGACAGCCUCCUGUCGCCGGUCACCAGCACUCAUUCACUGACAUCCAUCAGCUCAGGUUCGAGCACAAGCUCCACUGACCUAAUGCCAUCCUACAGCGCCCUCUGCCAGACGACCUGUCUCCUCCUAACCCCACCUCUCCUUCUAACCAAGGUCAAAGGUUACAACCGGGGUCACAUUGAGGUCAUGGAUGCCUUGCUGGUGCACGGCUUCACUAUCGUUGGGAUGCGGAUGGUUUGGUUCAAGGAGGACCAGGCAAGGGGAUUCUGCAGUGUUUACGGAAAGUCCUUCCCAAGUCUGGUGAAGAUUCUGUGUCAUGGCCCAAGCAUCGCUGUCGCAGUACAGAGGGACAACGCUGUCAGCUGCUUUGAUGCCCUGCUUGGAAGCUGCUUUGACAAGGAGUCCGUCAUCAGGAAAUAUGGAGAGCACAUACUGAGACCCAAAGAGCCAAAAGAGGCAGCAAAGCAUUUGGAGUUCUUCUUUGAUCAGCUAGUACCCCGCAGCCAGGGUGAAAUCAUUCCAAUGUAAAAAGUGCAGUAAGUCCAUAGAGUUAUAUAUAACAACUAGAGGGCACACUGGCCUAUAUACGCGCCCCGGCAUGCGCGCAGGCGGCCAUUUUCUAAGUUGACAAAACAGCAUUGCACAGUGUUUGUUUGUGCGGUCAUUUUGUAAGUUGACAAAACAGCAUUGCGUAGCGUUUAAUAAACACAAACUUCAACGUGUACUUCAUAUUCCAACGGAUGUACAAAACAGCCCGCGAGUCUCCUUGCAGUCCCGUCGCAUUUGUGCAAGCAGCAUCACCAUUGCGCCCUCUAGUUCUUAAAUAUAGCUCUAUGAGUAAGUCCCAUAAAAUAGUCUUGUUGCACGUUCCGUAUCAAGAAUACUCCAGGGUUUUACCGCUUACCCCUACUCUUGAGCCUGGGGUGGCUAAUCCCUGGGGUAUAACUAUUGGCCAGGGUAGAUCAGGGCCAAAUUUCAUAGAGCUGCUAAGCACAAAAAUUUGCUUAGCAUGAC